AUGGAUGCGACACCAACAACAGCCACAGCCACAGUCACCGCUACCGCCACAGCCACAACCACAGUAACACCUUUAACAGAUACAUCAGGACCUCAGACAGCAGCAGUGUCAACCUCGACAUCCUCUUCCUCUGCAGCCUCAGCCUCUACUAAUAGAGCUGCUUCAACUUGUUCUGACAGUGGUCGGGGUGGGUCAGAUGCAGGCAUUUUAGUCUUUUCGGGAGGCACGGCCUGCAAUUCGCUUGUUCAGCUCCUGCAGGACAUGACACCAAAUGUCACUUAUGUCUUAGGAAUCUCUGAUAAUGGGGGCUCGACUAGUGAAAUUUUACGUGUGCUAGAUGGUCCGGCUAUUGGUGAUAUUCGUUCACGAUUGAUCCGGCUAAUCAAGCCAGAUCCUUCGGAUAUAGGCAGAACUGCCAUCCAAGAGCUACUAGGCUAUCGUCUUCCAGGUCAUGGUGAUGCUAAUGCGAUCAAGAAUGAAUGGGUUGAAAUUGUGGAAGGGACGCAUCGGUUGUGGAUGCACAUCCCCUCAGAGAAGAAAGAAGUGAUCCGCGGAUUUCUGAUCUACAUUCAAUCUGAGAUUUUGAAGCGAGCGCACAAGAGAUUCUCGUUCGCAAAUGGAUCAAUUGGUAACUUUUUCUUGACAGGUGCCCGGAUGUUCUUUGGUUCUUUGGAAUCCGCCAUCUUUUUGUUUGCAGCCAUCACAGGCAUCACAGAACCGACCAGAGUCAUCCCGGUGAUCAACACGAACCAUGGUAUUGCCAUUGCAGCUCUUCUAAAGGAUGGUAACACCAUCUUGGGACAGUGUGCCAUUUCGCAUCCAUCCUUGGCUUCGUCCGGUGAUUGUUUUAACACGGCCCAUGUUCAGCCAUAUACCAAUUCCGCCUCCACUACACCCGAUGGUUCUAAAACCCCAGAUCUGGCCACGAUGCUGUCUUCAAGUCAGCAGCAAGAAGAUAGCUUCUCGACCCUGAGACUGGUUCAAAAUAACAUUCAUUUCGACAAGACUCCCACGCGAUCAAGCUCAUUGCACUCCAGGAUCACACGACUGUAUUACAUUAAUGAGUAUGGUCAAGAGAUUUUCCCGCCACCCAACCCGAAGCUAUUAUGCGCAUUAGCCGAGAUGGAAACGCUGGUUUAUUCGAUUGGAUCAUUGUACACCUCGAUUAUUCCCUGUCUGAUCUUGAAGGACGUUGGCCGAGGCAUUGCAGAAUCAAAGUCGCUGAAGAACAAGAUCUUUAUGCUGAAUGGUACGAACGACAGAGAGACGCCAGAUUAUACCGCCUUGGAUUUCAUCUGGGCAUUGACAGGUGCAUUGAAUUAUUCACUCAAGCUCUCGGGACAGUUUUGGCCAACAGAAUACAAGCCCUCGCAGUAUAUCACGCAUCUGAUCUACUUGGACACGUCCGAGGUGCAUGUUGACACGUGGAGCGUUGAGAAACUCGGGAUCGAAUGCGUGCCAUGUGUUGGGAAGCGGGACCCGUCGUCGGGACGACCCAUCUAUGAUGAGAAACAUCUCAACAAAGUUCUCGAGUCAAUUCUGGAUGGAACUUGGUCAUCCUCUGUUGCUUCUGCUGCUGCAUUUUCGUCAUUAUCUACCACAGCCAAUUCGACUAGGCCUUCAACUCCUGUUGCUAAUCAUCCUUUAAAGGGCGCAGCAACAUCAACAAUAACAUCAUCAUCAUCAUCAACAUCUAUGUCACCACCCACCAUCAUUGGAUCUAGUGCAUAA